GCCCGGCGCGCGCGCGGCGACCUGGGAACCCGGAGGCGGAACCCGGCCGGCAAGAUGGCGCCGUCCGCUCUGCUGCGCCCUUUUUCGCGGCUGCUGGUUCCGGCCCGACUCCCGAGCGGCUCCACAGCGCGGUGGAAGUUCUACGUGCGGGAGCCGCGGCACGCCCACCCCAACUGGCUGAAGGUCGGCCUGACCUUGGGCACCUGCGCCUUUCUGUGGGGCUAUCUCAUCAAACAACAUGAUGAAGAUGUUUUAGAGUAUAAAAGAAGAAAUGGAUUGGAAUAAACUUUGGAAAUACGAAUAUGGAGUGCUCCAUAUAUGAUUACAGCAGUUCUUCUGGAUGUACCAAUCUGUUGAGUUGUGAAUGUAAGAGGAAAUAGUUAUAUGUGAAUAUAUAUCAAGUCAGCAUUUGUGUUUUGCAUCAUUAAAUGAAAGAAGUCAAAUACUUGUUAUUCUUCAAAUAAUACAUAUUAUGACUGUGAAAAUACCAGUUCUCAGAUUCAUUAUCAGAAGUAUUUCAGUAUGGCAGACACCGUCUGAUGAGCGGGGUCAGUAAUUCAGGACACUUUGGUAAGAAAACUUAUUAAAGAAAUGGAUCACUAAUCACUACUGAUGGA